UUUUAUUACCAGCUCCGAUUGUUCUUGAACCCCUUUUUUAUCCAAAAUGUCCCUCCCUUCUCCCUUCGCUCCUCCCCCGUUCAAGUCUCACUCGUUCCCCUCCCGAAACGCCGUCGUUUACGUGGCAGCUACCUCCACUGUGGGAAGAAAGUCACGAAGAAAGAAACAGCAGCAGCAACAACAACAACAACUAAAAAAGAACGAUGAUUAUGGACUUCCCGCAGUGGUUUCCGCCGCAGAGAAGGGCCUGCGGUUCAGCUUCAUGGAGGAGCUCAUGGAACGCGCGAGAAAUUGCGACGCCAUCGGCGUAUCGGACGUCAUUUACGAUAUGGUUGCUGCGGGGUUGAGCCCUGGCCCUCGCUCCUUUCACGGUCUCAUUGUUGCUUACUCUCUCAAUGGCAACCUUGAAGGCGCGAUGCAAUCGUUGAGAAGAGAGUUGAGUGCGGGAAUUCGUCCUCUCCACGAAACUUUUAUCGCUCUGAUUCGUUUGUUUGGCACCAAAGGCCAUGCUAAUAGAGGCUUAGAGAUCCUUGCUGCAAUGGAGAAGUUAAACUACGAUAUUCGCUUGGCAUGGAUUGUUCUUGUCGAGGAGCUUGUUAAGAAUAAGUAUUUGGAAGAUGCCAAUAAAGUGUUUUUGAAGGGCGCCAAAGGUGGACUAAGGGCUACCGAUGAGCUCUAUGAUUGUUUGAUUGAGGAAGACUGUAAAGUUGGGGAUCAUUCUAAUGCCUUAGAAAUUGCCUAUGAAAUGGAGGCAGCUGGGCGGAUGGCAACCACUUUUCAUUUCAAUUGUCUUCUUAGUGUCCAGGCAACUUGCGGAAUACCUGAAAUAGCUUUUGCUACAUUUGAGAACAUGGAAUAUGGAGAAGAAUAUAUGAAACCUGAUACUGAGACAUAUAAUUGGGUGAUCCAAGCAUAUACUAGAGCUGAAUCCUAUGACAGGGUACAAGAUGUUGCCGAGUUGCUUGGCAUGAUGGUUGAAGACCAUAAACGUUUGCAACCUAAUGUGAGAACUUAUGCGCUGUUAGUGGAGUGUUUUACCAAGUACUGUGUAGUACGUGAAGCUAUUCGGCAUUUUCGUGCACUCAGAAAUUUUGAAGGAGGAACAAAAGUUUUACAUAAUGAUGGGAACUUUGGGGAUCCACUUUCUUUACAUCUUCGGGCUUUAUGCCGAGAAGGUAGGGUUGUCGAGUUGCUGGAAGCUUUAGAAGCUAUGGCCAGAGAUAAUCAACCUAUUCCACCAAGAGCCAUGAUAUUGAGCAGAAAAUAUCGAACAUUAGUUAGCUCGUGGAUCGAGCCAUUGCAAGAAGAAGCUGAACUUGGAUACGAGAUUGAUUAUGUUGCUAGGUAUAUUGCAGAAGGUGGGCUUACUGGUGAGCGCAAGCGAUGGGUGCCUCGAAGGGGGAAAGCUCCUCUAGAUCCUGAUGCUGUUGGCUUUAUAUAUUCAAAUCCAAUGGAAACUUCAUUUAAACAAAGAUGUCUGGAGGAUUGGAAGACGCACCAUAGAAAGGUUUUGAAAACCUUACAGAAUGAAGGUCUUGCAGCUUUGGGAGAUGUAUCUGAAUCUGAUUAUCUAAGAGUAGAAGAGAGAUUGAAGAAAAUAAUUAAGGGUCCUGACCAGAAUGUCCUAAAGCCCAAAGCUGCUAGUAAGAUGAUAGUAUCUGAAUUAAAGGAAGAGCUAGAAGCACAAGGUUUACCAACUGAUGGAACUAGAAAUGUUCUUUACCAGCGAGUACAAAAAGCGAGGAGAAUAAACCGCUCUCGAGGUCGACCCCUCUGGGUUCCUCCUGUGGAGGAGGAAGAAGAGGAGGUUGAUGAAGAGCUGGAUGAAUUAAUUUCACGGAUAAAGCUGCAAGAAGGAAAUACAGAGUUCUGGAAGCGCCGGUUUCUUGGAGAAGGCUUGAAUGGUAAUCAUGUUAAGCCUGUCAACAUGGGUAAAUCAGAACUUCCAGAUGUGUUGGAUGAUGUUGAUGCUGUAGAAGAUGCUGAAAAAGUUGUUGAAGAAGAGGAAGCUGAUGAUGAAGAGGAGGUAGAAGUAGAAGUAGAACAAACUGAGAGCCAAGACGGAGACAGGAUUGUUAAAGACAAGGAAGUUGAAGCUAAGAAGCCUCUUCAAAUGAUUGGAGUCCAAUUAUUGAAAGACUCUGAUCAAACAAUUACAAGAUCGAGAAAAUCAAAAAGAAGAUCAGCUCGAGCAUCAGUGGAGGAUGAUGAUGACGAUGACUGGUUUCCUGAGGAUAUAUUUGAGGCAUUCAGGGAGCUAAGAAAAAGAAAAAUUUUUGAUGUAGAAGAUAUGUAUACCAUAGCUGAUGCUUGGGGUUGGACAUGGGAGAGAGAAAUAAAGAACAGGCCUCCACGGAAAUGGUCACAAGAAUGGGAAGUUGAGUUGGCAAUUGAAGUAAUGCUGAAGGUAAUAGAAUUGGGGGGAACACCCACCAUUGGGGACUGUGCCAUGAUAUUGAGCUCAGCUAUACGGGCUCCUAUGCCUUCAGCUUUCUUGAAAAUCCUGCAGACAACACAUAGUCUAGGUUAUGCAUUUGGGAGUCCUCUUUAUGAUGAAGUAAUCACCUUGUGUAUCGACCUUGGGGAACUAGAUGCAGCAAUUGCCAUUGUUGCAGACUUGGAGACUGCUGGAAUCACUGUCCCUGACCAAACACUUGACAAGGUGAUUUCUGCUAGACAGGCGACUGACAAUGCCAAUGCCGACGCCGAUGCCGAUGCCGACACCAAUGCCAAUGCCAAUGCCGAUGAUGAGACAUCAUCAUAUUCAUAGCUAAAGUUGCUCAUAUGCUUCCAUCUUCCUAUUGACUAUUGUACAUUCUUGAUGUGGAUUUUGGCGGCCAACAGUUUUCUUGACCGAAAGAUUCUGAGUCGGAGGUGAAUUUAGGUAGUUGAAGAGCGAGUGUAAAAUUAUCUCAUAAGUCCAUCAAAAUAAAAUAUUCAAAAAAAUGUAUUAAAAGAAGUAAAAUAACUUAAACUAUGAUAACUGCCUGGUUAUUAUUAUUAUUAUUAUUUUUUUUUAUUUUUUUUUUUUAUUUUUUUUUUUUUUUUGGGGUUUGGGGGGAAGAGUCGGAUUCAAGAAAUCAUUUUUUUUGUGGAAGACGGUUGGAUCAUUGUCAGAAUGUGGAAUGAUAUUCUUGUAGUUUGA